AUGUCAUCGAGAAAACGUGCUGCAACGCCGUCACGUCGAGGUGGGAAACGUGUUGACGACAAAGAGGCAUUAGAAGUGGUUUGUCGAAUAUGUCCAUAUCACGGAAAUGAUCCUUGUGCUGAGGUUGUUGAUGAAGAACACGUAAAGCUGAUACCACCGUCUGGCGUUUCUCAACGGAUUGGACUGCCCACCGUUGGUGUUUUAUUUGUUUCUUUUACCUGUAUGUUUCAGCAAGAAAGUGUUUACAAAUUUUCCUAUGUGUUGGAUGAGAGUGACAGUCAAAAAACCGUUUUCGAAAGGACGACAAUUGACUUGAUUGAGAAUUUGAUUCGUGGACGUAAUUCUCUUCUGUUCACGUACGGUGUUACGGGCAGUGGUAAAACGUACACAAUGACCGGCAACACAACGGAAACGACAACUGGUAUAUUGCCUCGCACGUUGGAUGUCAUAUUCAAUUCGUUGCCGAAUCGCGUGGAUCGAUGUGUUUUCAAAUCGGAUGGUCGCAAUGGUUUCGAAGUUCGUUCUGAACUGGAAGCCACGUUGGCGAGACGACGUUUCGAUUCGAACCGAUCCAACAGCAUCGAAUUAACGAAUCGUUUCACAGAGAAAAAACGAGUUAGCGGUGCAAGCGAUGAAAUGUUAUGUGCGGUUUUCGUGUCCUAUGUUGAAGUGUAUAAUGACAUCUGCUACGAUUUGCUGGAUGAACCAGUUUUGUCUCGUGAUGGUUCAAGGACGCUACCGGCAAAAGACAUAAGAUUGGGCGUGAACAAUAUGGUUUAUGUGGAGAAUGCGGUCGAGUUAGAAGUGGACUCGAGUGAUGAGGCGUUGGAACUGUUCUAUAGAGGUCAGGAACGUCGUCGUGUUGCGGACACGUUAUUGAACAAACAGAGUAGUCGUUCGCAUUCAAUUUUCAAUAUUCGACUCGUGAUGGCACCGUGUAAAUUUGCUGCUUUUCAUCCUGAUUCUGAUCCGAACAAGAUUCACAUAAGUCAACUCUCACUGGUGGAUCUAGCUGGUUCAGAACGGACGAAGCGAACUGGUAACGAGGGUAUUCGGUUGGCUGAAACUGGCAAAAUCAAUCAAAGUUUAUUGGUGCUGAGACAGUGUUUCGAAAAACUUCGCGAGAAUCAGCGCAAUCCGAGCACAUCAGUACCGGUGCCGUAUCGAGAAUCAAAAAUCACGCAUCUUUUCAAAAACUAUUUCGAGGGAACUGGUAAAGUUCGUAUGAUCAUUUGCAUUAAUCCAACACCGAAUGAUUACGCCGAAAAUGUGGGUGUAAUGGGUUUCGCUGAAUUAUCACAAAGUAUUGAAGUGCUUCGAGGCACGGAAGUUUCUGUGCCAGUCGGAGAUGGCCUUCCAAUAAGCCGUCGUGAUUACAUCAAAUGGAGCAGUGAGAUCGAAAAUCUUGUUCCUAAGCCAGUUUGUAUGAAUCUGUUCGAUGUGUCUCCGCCGUUCGAGUUGAAAGGUUCAAAUGAUAUCGAAUCGAUAACGCGUCUUCGAGUUUUCUAUCAAAAUGCAUUACGUAAACGUGACUCAUACACAACUGAAUACGAAGUCAAAGAAAACGACUUCGAAACACAAUUGAAACGAACUUUGUGCCUUUCGGAUUUGCAAUUGAUGCGCAUAAAGGAACUGGAAAAUGAAAGAGACGAGGCUGAACGAUCAAUGGCCACAUUGAUGGCGCAGUUGAGACAAUCGAGACGUGAAAAUCAAGCACUUCGACAUCGAAUUGGACGUUAUGAAGCUGAGGAAAACGAUAAGGCGAGUCAAGAGGAAGAGCUUCGAAAACGUGAGCGAGGAUAUCAGGAACAACUGAGAAAGAAAGAAAAAACAUUACAUCAGGUAGGCGAUUAUGUUCGUGAACUAUUCGAGAAGUCGCCAUCAGCACGGAAGCAGUUUGUAAGCAGUGAAAACGUGAAUCGUGUUGGUUUUGCGCAGUCAAACGAACAGAUUGCUGGACCGUCGGGAAUCAUGAAGUCCGCAUUAAAGCAAACGGCAACGACGAAUGGAAACACAAGAACGCUCCUUUAUCCGUCACUUUUUGGUGAACGACAAAAUCUUGAACACGAAAGAGGAAGACUUCGGAUUGCUCAAAGGCCUGGCUUCUACAAUGCCAAAUACCAUCGUCGUUCGAAAAGUGCGAAUGGACGUGUUAUUGAUCACCAGCCAAGGGUGCACAUCCCCGAGGGUACAUAUAUGCAGGUACGUGAUUGUUGCCACUCUGGUGUCACUCUUAAUUCAGUUCAUUGGUAUUCCAUUCGGUUUCGAGCGAAAUCUUCACUCGCAAAUGAGAAAGUUUCGUUCGGAACCGAACGAUAUAAGAACGUCGUUAAUAUUAACGAAUCUGAAUCAGAAGUGAAUUUAGAGAAGUUAAAUAUAUGGAAUUUUCAGCCACGAAUUCCGGGUGCGCAUCGUUCAACAAAAGUCGAAAUAAGCGAUCUACAAAAGAGUAGUGAGUAUGUGUUAACACAUCAAGAAGUUGACACUGAAGGCAAUUUGACAACGCAACUUGUUAAGGGCGAUUGUAUCCCAACGGCUGGUGGCGGUACUGCGGUUCGCUUCAACGAUGUGGAGCGACUCUCUCAUGAAUCACCUGAAGGUCUCAAAACCAGCAACUGA